GCCGUAAAGCCGGUAGUGACGUGAAAAUGGCGUCCCCCGCAGCCCGGCUAUCUACACGCUGGAUAGUAGUAUCAGCUUUUUCUGGACACCGUAGCGGCCGUUUUCUCCUCGUCUCUGCCAGACAUGCUGGGGUGUCUUCGGGCACGGUGUCGCAGAGGCACCGCGGAGGGACAGCGGUCAGCGUGGGCUCCCGGAGACACGGGAAUGUCGUGACAUUGAGAGGAGUGACAGGGGUAACAUUUCCUCAUGUCACUCCCUGCCGUACGCUCCACACCAGCAGCAGACUGGCAAACAAGCAGGACUUCUAUGAAAUUUUGGGUGUCUCCCGCUCCGCCGCACAAAAAGAUAUCAAAAAGGCUUACUACCAGAUGGCAAAAAAGUACCACCCGGACACCAACCCAGACGACCCAGAGGCCAAAGAGAAGUUUGCCAAACUGGCUGAAGCAUAUGAGGUGUUGAGUGAUGAGGUGAAGAGGAAGCAGUAUGACACAUAUGGAGCAGCAGGCUUCGACCCCAGUCGAGCUGAAGCUGGUCAGCAGCAAUACUACAGAACUGGGGGGACCAACAUCAAUCCGGAGGAGCUCUUCAGGAAGAUCUUUGGAGAGUUUACUGGGGGAAGGGGCUUCGGAGAUAUUAAUAACAUGUUUGAACAGAGACCUGAGUAUGUGAUGGAGCUAACAUUUACAGAAGCAGCUAAGGGUGCAAAUAAGGAGCUGAGGGUGAACAUCAAUGACAUGUGCCCAAGGUGCGAUGGAAAGGGAAAUGAGCCGGGCACUAAGGUUCCACUGUGUCACUACUGCAAUGGCACUGGGAUGGAGUCGAUCAGCACAGGUCCAUUCAUGAUGCGCAGCACCUGCCGGCGCUGCGGUGGGAGGGGCUCCAUUAUACAGAUCCCCUGUGCGGUUUGCCGAGGUUCAGGUCAGACCAAGCAGGAGCAGACGGUCACUGUACCUGUACCUGCUGGUGUGGGAGAUGGUCAAACCGUGUGCAUGCCAGUGGGUACAAAAGAAGUCCUCAUCACAUUUAGGGUCCAGAAGAGCCCACUGUUCAGGCGUAAUGGCGUAGACAUCCACUCCGAUCUGUUCAUUUCUAUAGCUCAAGCCAUCCUGGGGGGCACAGCCGUCGCACAGGGCCUUUAUCAACCCAUCACUGUGGCGAUUCCAUCCAGUUGCCAGGCGGAUCAGGUGAUCCGGCUUCAGGGCAAAGGCAUUCGGAGGAUGAACAGCUACAGCUAUGGAGAUCACUAUGUUUAUAUCAAGAUAAAAGUCCCCAAGACGCUGACUCGAAGGCAGCGCUCUCUUUUGCUGACUUAUGCCGAAGAGGAGACGGACGUGCAGGGAACCGUCAAUGGUGUCACUCCUUCUGCAGGAGGGGGCAGCAGCACUACAGGAUCUGCUCAGAGGACGAGCAGCUCAGAGGAGAAACAGGAAAAGCAACAGGAACAGAAGGAGGAGGAGGAGGAGGGAGGCUUCUUUUCUAAAUUAAAGAAAAUGUUCAGCUGACACUCUUCAGGCUUCAGGUAAAAAGAAUAAGAAGGUGGCAAAAGAAUGAGGGAUAUCCACUGACUGGGCCUGCGUGCUGUCAUGAGGAGGAGGAGGAAGAAAGGCAUCGUCAUGUUUGUGUUGACACAGUCACACAUUGUCGGAGUUGCAGGUGACAAACAGGACACAAACAGCACAGCUUCCUUUCCACUACAUGGUCCCGCCUCGCCUCGCCUCGCCACAUCACGGCUUAGCUUCACACGGUUCGCUUGGUUUUCCAUUACUUCAUAGUACAUCUUCAACGUGGGCGGGGCCUUCCUAGCAAAUCAUCGCAAAACUGCCGUGACGUCUGUGCGAGACACAAACACACACAAAGGCAGUGUGUGACGACGUCACGCGCAGGAUCAGCUCAGCCCGAGCAGGUACUAAAAAAAAAGUACAAGUUACCAGGUACUGUCGCUAAUGGGAAAGCAAUAAAAUGUGCCGUGCCGUGCCGUGCCGUGCCGAGUCGAGUUGAGGCGUGUCGUGUCGUGCUUGGACCAUGUAGAAAGUCAAAUCAAACGGAUGACUGCUCUUGUUUACCUCUCCUCGCCGUGUUUGAAUCAUCACUGGUCAUGAUCACACGGUUCAUGACACUGUUCUGUUAAAUAGAACGUCCUCAGAUAAGCAGUUCAGAAUGACUGAAAUGAUUUUCAGUUCAGGACAUUAAUGCAGGUGAUUAAAAAGGACAGUGAGUGAACGACAACAAUUUAUUCAAAUGAUGGAGGAAGCAAGUAAAAGCCAAAUUUUAGUUUUUUUGUUUUUGUUUUGUAGCCAAUAUUAAGUUGAGUGAAUGUUGUAGUUUACUUCUAUUCCUCACAUGAUCACUGCAGGAUUUCCAUGUUGGGCCAUUAGGCAUUUGCUAAAUCAGAUAUUUUGCCCCUGACUUUAAGGGUAGAUAACACUUUCCUCUGAAAGAAUCACUGAAGUAAAACAUUUAAAUGAAUAAUAGAUAUUAUCUAUAAUUAUUCAUUUAAGUAUAACUAAUAUAUCUUCUUAAAGCAGGCAGUUAAAUAAUAUCGACUACAGGCAAUCAGCCGUGAUCAUGGUUCUUUGAAAGUCUGAAUCUAAAAAUCAACAAACCUAUUAUGUUUUCUCAUGUUUUAUUUCCAUCAUCAUUCGCACAAAUGUUAACACAUUUCAGUAGAGUUAAAUGUGGUAUUCCAUUGGUUUAACAAAUCAUUUGUUACUGCAAACUCAUCUAAAUAAAUAAAGUAUUUAAAUUUA